AAGCACAUUGCAGCUGAUAGUCGAACUUAUGGGUCAAGUUGCUUCAAGCAACUUGGCCACACCGAAGACAGGAAAGAUGGCGGCAAAAGCUCCGGUGGAGGUGUUCUCCGCCACUUUUGCCGAUCGUGUUGCUGGAGCCCUGUGGGGGAUGCACAUCGCAGAUGCUAUUGCCAUGCCAACUCACUGGUACUACGGAGGACAGGCACAAGUGCAAUCAGAUUACGGCAAGAUCACUGGCUAUGUGAAACCCAAAGUGGAGUUGCGUGGAUCGAUCAUGGCUCUUUCAAACACUGGAGGAGCUGGGCGUGGAAGCAAUGACGGUGACAUCAUCGGUUCGGUGAUUGCCCAUGGGAAGAAGCCCUAUUGGACCAGGGCAAGGUCGCACCACUACCACUGCACUUUGGACAAAGGCCUGGAAGCUCAGCGAGUUGAUCAAGGAAUCCGGUUCCAUUGCCAGUCUGCAUCAAACUUGAGAAUGCCCAACGCCGGUUUGGAAGUAUGUCGGAUAGCUAUGGAUAGCUAA